AUGUCAGAACAAGUAAAGAUCAAUCCAGAUUUACUGAUUAUACUAGUUGGUUCAGUAAUAAAUAAAUGUAUCAGUGAAUACAAAGGUGAUUAUAAGGAUUGUAAGGCAUUAUUCCCAGUAAACAAAUUCAUUCUUGAUUUGAAUAAUCUUACUCAAGAAUAUACUACGAAAUUCCCUAAUAUUGAUAUUCACUUCCCUCAAAUAGAUAUUAAAUUACUUUCAUUUAUAAUCACAAAGACUUUAUAUCAUAAAUUUGUUACUGUGACCCAAGAUCAUGUAAUUAUUGAUGUACUACCUCAUGCCUAUGAGAAUUAUUUGAAAAAUAUUGUUGCUACUUCAACUUUACGAUAUGCUAAGUAUUUAUUGAAAAGUGCUAAAGAUUUAUAUGAAUUAGAACAAAAGAAAUUAAGAAAAGAGAAAGGCGGGGUGUCACUACAGGGAAAUGCACCCAAAGAAACAAUUCCAACAUUGCAACAACAAUCAGCAACACCAAAUGAAAAGCAAGAGGUAGUAGUACCACCACAAGUGAAAGCGCAACCACCAAAUUCUACAAAUACUUUGAAAGUCAACGUUGCAGAGAAUAAGGUAGAUACAAUAAAGGAAAGUAAACCUAUUUCAAACGUACCUGAACCAACGAAAGUUCAACCAAAACCUCAAAAUAGUGAUAACAAAGAUUCUACUGUGUCCGAGAAACCUAGUCCAAAUGAGUCCACAUCCCUAUUGGUAACGAAAGAGAAAAGUGAAGAGAAAGUUGUUGAUGAAGAUCAAACAAUGGAAUCUUCUGAAGAUCAAAAGAAUGAGGAGCAAGAUCUAGAAGAAUCUAAAGAGUUGUCUAAUACAGAUACUGACAAGAUGGAUAUUGAUGAGCCUCAAAAACCAAUUGAUGAUAAAACAUCUGAGAAAGUUGAGGAGGAAAUCAAUCAAGAUCAAGAUCAAGAAAUGUCCGAUGAGGGCGAGGAAGAAAGUGCUGGUGUGGAAGAGCAACCAAAAACACUAGAAUCUACUACUGAACCACUGGAUGAAGAGAAAGUUGCAGAAAAUGAAAAUGGAGUGGAAGUACCAUCAGAUGAGAGUAAACAAGAUGAAGUUGCUUUGGAAGAAAAACAGACAGAUGAGGAAGCCGAAAAGCCGAUAGAGAGUAUUGAAGAAAAUGAUGAGAAGAACAAGGAGAGCGUAAUAAUUGAAGAAGAUAAGGAAGAGGAAAUCCUGAAAACCAAGGAGUCAGAACAAGAGCAAGAAGACAAGGAUGAGGAAAGGGAAAUCGGAAGAACUGAACAAGAUGAAUCUGAUGAAAAAGUGGAAGAAACUGGAAAGACCGAAGAAGAAACUAACAAAGAAGAAGAUGCUCAUCAACCAUCUUCACCUGAAGAAGAAUCUCCAUCUAUAGAAGAAAUUCCAUUAAAACAUGAACUGGAUGCUGAUAUUGAAGCUAUACCGGGAAGUGACAGUUCAAAAGAAGCAACACCAGAAGUCAAACAGUCACCAAAAAUUAGUGAUGAUCAAGGCUCACAAGAAUCACCUGAGAAAUCUCACGAUGAUGUACCAUCACCACCACCACCGCCAUCUACUUCAUCUUCAGCAUCUCGUAAACGUGCUCGUUCUCGUUCUCCAUUGCCUGUUCCAGCUCAGCAGCAUAAACGAUUCCAAAACAUUGCUAUCAAUUUACUUAAUUCCAUUCAAGAACAUCGAUUUUCUUCACCAUUUCUUCAACCUGUAAGUGUUAAAGAUGCACCCGAUUAUUAUAAUGUGGUUCGUGAACCUCGAGAUUUGAAAAAUAUUAUGAAAGCAGUAAAAUCUAAAAAUGAACCACCAUUAUAUCAAUCAGUGAAAGAAUUAGAAAGAGAUAUUAUGUUGAUGUUUGCUAAUUGUAUAAUGUACAAUCAAUCUGGUGAUGAUUUAGUGGAAUUGACCAAGACAAUGAAACAAGAUAUCAGUGAAGUAUUUAAAAUGUUUGAAGAAGCAGAAGAGGAUAUUAAGUAG